AUGACUGGAGCCUCCAGGUACCAUGACUGGCUGGUGGAUGCAGUGACUUAUGAUGAUGUGUAUGUGAACUUCACUGCAGAAGAGUGGAGUUUUCUGGAUCCUGCCCAGAAGAAUCUCUACAAAGAUGUGAUGCUGGAGACCUACCAAAACCUCAGUGCUAUAGGCAUGAAAGAAGUCAUACUGGAGAGAAACCUUAUGAAUGUAACCAAUGUGGUAAAGCCUUUUCAUCCUUUACAUGUCACAGUCAUCUCCAAGUCCAUAAAAGAACACAUACCGGAGAGAAACCUUAUGAAUGUAAUCAAUGUGGUAAAACCUUUUCAUUUCACAGUUGUCUCCAAAGACAUAAAAGAACACAUACUGGAGAGAAACCUUAUGAAUGUAAAAUGUGGUACAGCCUUUGCAAUAUCAAGUCAUCUCCAAGUCCAUAAAAGUACACAUACUGGAGAGAAACUUUAUGAAUGUAAUCAAUGUGGUAAAACUUUUUCACGUCACAGUCAUCUCCAAAGACAUAAAAGAACGCAUACUGGAGAGAAACCUUAUGAAUGUAAUCAAUGUGGUAAAGCCUUUACACAACAAAGUCAUCUCAAAAUCCAUGAAAGAACACAUACUGGAGAGAGACCUCAUGACUGUAAUCAAUGUGGUAAAGCCUUUUCAAGUCACAGUCAUCUCCAAAGACAUAAAAGAACACAUACCGGAGAGAAACCUUAUGAAUGUAAUCAAUGUGGUAAAACUUUUUCAUAUCACAGUUGUCUCCAAAGACAUAAAAGAACACAUACUGGAGAGAAACCUCAUGAAUGUAAUCAAUGUGGUAAAGCCUUUUCACAUCACAAUCAUCUCCAAAGACAUAAAAGAACACAUACUGGAGAGAAACCUUAUGAAUGUAAUCAAUGUGGUAAAGCCUUUUCAAAUCAUAGUCAUCUCCAAAGACAUAAAAGAACACAUACUGGAGAGAAACCUUAUGAAUGUAAUCAAUGUGGUAAAGGUUUUACACAACAAAGUCAUCUCCAAUAUCAUAAAAGAAAACAUACCAGAGAGAUACCUUAG